AUGGCAGACAAUAGGGAAAAAGUUGAUUCAAGAAAGCUUUACGAAGACUAAAAGCUACUAGAUAUUUUAGAAUAGAGAAGUUUAUAAUAGGAUUAAUCUUAUCGUGAAAUCUAUAAAAAAUCUCAUAUUCUUUAAAAGCAAUCCUAAUUUUAGGAUGAUAAAAUAGUAAAAUAAUCUGAGCUUGAUGAUCUUUUAGGGAGAAUUAAAAAGGUAGAAAAAUUAAGACAAGAAUCAAAAUCAUACACAUGGAAGGAUCCUCAAUAUUAUCAUGCUUUUAUUAGAAAAAAUUUAGAUUUAGCUAGCAAUUUAACCAUGGAAACCAUUUGUCUGCUAGUUUGCUAUCCUUUCAAUACAAUUAAAACAAGAGUAUAAGCAAAACAUCCUUUAGAAGAUAUAAGCUUUUUUACUAAAAAUAAUGUUUCUAAAUACCCUUUAUAUAGAGGUAUUGGAUAAGGCAUGUUGGGAACUUUUAUUGGUGUUACAAUGAAUAAUGCUGCUUACAGAUGGAUAAAUAUUGAAAUGAUGAAAAAUUAAUUUGUUAGCAAUUUGUCUACAUUUUAAAAAUAACUUAUGUGUUUUUGCUUUGCAGAUCUAUUAGCUGCUCCUUUCAGACUUCCUUUUGAAGUCCGUAAAAUAUAUCUCCAAAUGAAUUCUGGAGAAAUAAGCUUUAAUAAAUAUAUGAAUGGAAUGAGAUCUGUUUUAUUGCCAUGCCUUUUAAGAGAUUUGACAUACAGAAUUGGUUUUAAUACAGUGUUUUAAUUGUGCCUUCAUGGUUAAAAUUAUGCUUAAAUGUACUCCAAUAAUGAUCCUUAUUAACGUUAAUUAAUUUAGAGACAUAUAGAUAGGGCUAUUCCAAAUUAAUCUGAUUACAAUAAAAGAAUCACUGGUAUGAUUUUAGGAUCAUUAUUUGCUAUUUUGAUUAGCAAUCCUUUUGAUUUAGCAAUUACAAGAUUAGUAAGUUAAUAAUAUCCUAAAUAUGAUGGAUUCUUCCACUGUUUAAAAACAGUUAUUAGAGAAGAAAAAUGGCCCAAACUCUUCUUUAGUGGAUAUUGGGCAAGAUCAGUUUAUUACAUGAUAUCUGGUUCUAUUGUUUUUAACUUCUAUGACACCUUCAGAGGUAUGAUAGAAGAAGCUUAUUAGUAUUGA